AUGCCUUUCAAUAAAAAGCUCUCCCAAGGUGACAAUCCAGAGUUGACGGAAGAACGGCUUCGAGCCACCUUCGACACAGAUGAGCUGGCUGCAACUCUUCGUGGAGGCAAGAGGGCUUUGGAGAAAUACCGCUAUAUUUCUGAAAAAAUUACAUCCUAUCCAGAACUGAAUGAUGCUGCUUCACUAGGUCAUCUGGACAGAGUUGAGAAAGUCAACGAACAAACCAGAAAGAUGAGAGAACUGUUUCAAAAACUACCCGAGAUUUGUGAUCCCAUGAACCCAGCGGAAGUUUUACAAGUUAUAAGGGAUGUCAUGGGAGUUGAGGGAUAUCCAUUGAGUCUUCAUACACUCAUGUUUGUUCCAACUAUUCAAAAUCAAGCCGAUGAAGAGCAACAAGAAUGGUGGUUAUGGAAAGCUUUGAAAGGAGAAAUUCUAGGAACAUAUGCUCAAACUGAAAUGGGACACGGAACCAAUCUGAAGAAAAUUGAGACCUGUGCAACGUACGAUAAAUCUACACAAGAAUUCGUUUUGUAUAGUCCAUCCAGCACCUCUUUGAAAUGGUGGCCUGGCGGGCUUGGAGUUACAUGUAAUCAUGUAAUUUUGGUUGCUAAUCUUAUAAUUGAUGCUCAUAAUUAUGGACCGCAUAAUUUCUUCGUUCAAAUUCGUGAUACGAAAACUCAUCAACCUAUUCCUGGCGUUAGAGUUGGAGACAUUGGAUCUAAGAUGGGUGUUAAAGGUAUAGAUAAUGGAUAUCUGGGUUUCGACAAUGUUCGUAUUCCACGAAGAAACAUGUUAAUGAAGCACAGCAAGGUUGAGGUUGAUGGAACUUAUGUUAAACCCGCUAAUGCAAAAAUUGGUUAUACUACCAUGGUGUAUAUGAGAUCGGAAGUUGUAAAUCAUGCUUCGAUCCAUUUGAUGGCUGCUCUUACUAUCGCUGUUAGAUAUGGUUGUGUUAGAAGACAAGGAGAAAUAACUCCAGGCGCUGGAGAAGUGAAGAUUCUCGACUAUCAAACACAGCAACAUCGCUUGUUCCCUCAAAUUGCUCGAACAUUCGCCUUCCACUUUGCUGGUCAUGAAAUCAGGAACUUCACAACAUCUGUUUUAGAAAGUGUGAAAAAAGGAGAGGUCAACUCGUUGGCUGACGUUCAUGGAUUAUCAUGCUGUUUGAAAGCUGUAGCAACCUUCCAGUCUACUUUAGCUAUCGAGCAAUGCAGAAUGGCUUGUGGAGGACAUGGAUAUUCUGAUGCAAGCAACCUGCCAACCCUAUAUGCUUGCGAAGCUGGUGCCUGUACGUAUGAAGGCGAGAACAUCGUGAUGCUCUUACAGACAGCCAGAUUCCUCAUGCGAUCUGCACAGCUAGUCAGAAAUGGUGAGCCGGUCAGUGCUACUAUGGCCUAUCUGAAUAAAUCCAAUAAGCAUUCCUUGGUUGAUAGAAUUCCCGAAGGAGAUGGGUCACAUUAUUUGUUGGAUUUCGAAUACAUCGCUAGAACAAGAGUGUUCAAUGCCUAUGAUCGGCUCCAACAUCUUCUGCGUUCUGGAAUGAGUGCUGAAGAAGCAUGGAACGCUAACGGAAUAGAAUUAUGCAAAGCUUCUCGCUCUCACGCUAUAGUUUUUAUCGCCCAUGCUUUCAAAAAGAACCUAGAUAUUAUUCACGAUAAGAAUACCCGCGAUGUGGUGGAAGUUCUGUUCAAAUUAUAUCUGAACCACGAACUGCUCGAACAAUCUCAGAACCUCCUUACGAACAACUACAUGAGUGAUGGCCAAGUAAAGCACUUGAAGGAGAAUCUAUACAACUUAUAUGCUAUUCUGAGACCUAAUGCAAUAUCUAUUGUAGACUCUUUUGAAUUCACUGAUCGGGAACUAAGAUCAGUGAUAGGAAGAAGAGAUGGUCACGUUUAUGAAAAUCUCUAUAAAUGGGCUCAACAAAGUCCACUGAACGAAUACAACAGAGGAAGAAAUCCUAAUUUCGAAAGAUACUUAAAACCGCUUAUGGCUGGUGAGAGAAGCAAGUUAUAG